AUGCCAGAAAGUGGUUUAGUUAUAAAAAUUGGUGAUGAUAAUGAAAUCAUAAAUACAAAAUCUAUGGAUUCAAAUAUAUCAUCAAAAUCAACAAAAAUAAAACGUGCACGAUUAACAUUUCCAUUUGGAGCUUGUCGAGUAUGUUCAGAUUCGGCUACAGGAAUUCAUUAUGGUAUUGCAACUUGUGAAGGUUGUAAGGGUUUCUUCAAAAGAAGUAUUCUACGUAAAGAAAAAUAUCGUUGCUAUUUUGAUAAUGCCUGUCUCAUUAACGUAGCGAAUCGUAAUCGUUGUAAAGCAUGUCGUUUUCGUCGAUGUAUUGACGAAGGCAUGUCUGUUGACGGUGUAAAAAUGGGUCGUAUACCAAAAUUAGUUAAAGAACGAGCUUUAAAAGAAUUAAAAGAACAAAAAUUAAAAGAAGCAGCUGCUUUAGCUAAAGCUAAUGCAGUACAUGCAAGAGAAUCAUCUUGUUCAUCAUUAUCAGAUCAUACUCUUGAAAAUUAUGAUCCAAAUACAAUGGAAACAGAUUCUAUGGAUUCACAAGGAUCAUCUAUUCAACGAGAUUGUGAUCUAACAAAUGCAUAUACAAAUGAUAGUUUCGAAGAAAAAUUAAUACUUAAUUCUCCAACAAAUAAAGAUCAAGUACAAAUUUUAAAUAAGGUUAAUUCGUCCAUAGUUACUGAAGUUAAAUCUUCACAAUUACAGUCUGAUAAUUCAAUAAAUAUAACAUCUCAAUCAACAUCCAAUAGUCAAGAAAAAGAAAAUACACAAACUAUAUAUCGAACAAAAUAUCCAACAUUUUUACCAGAUGAUUUUACAGUUGAUGAAACUGCUGAUUCAUCUCAACAAAUAAUAGAUUUAUUAAAUGAUGAAGAAUUACAAUGUGCUCUAACAAUAGCAAAUAAAUUAAGUGCAAAUCCAUCAACUUUAAUUAUUGAACUCAAUGAAAAAGAAGCAAAAUUUAUUGGAUAUCUUCGUCGAACAGCAUACGAAGUUUAUCUUCGACGUUCAAAACGACAAAAACAAUUAAUAUCUCGAAUGAAUAAAAUGAUUGAAAAUAAUAUUCAAGAAUAUCCUGGUGAUAAUGCAACAUUAGCUGAAUUUUUCAAUAGUAUUCGAUUAUGUUGUCAAGUAUAUACUCAUUCAACUGUAUUAAAUGUUCAAGAGUUACCUGGUAUGAGAAAUAUAAGUUUAAAAAGUCUUCAAAAAAUAAUAUCUUAUCGAGGAUUUGCCUGGUAUUUGCUUAAAUAUCAUGAAUUAUAUAAUGAAAAUGGUCAAUCAUAUUUUCUUGCACCAAAUGGUUUUCAAUGUACUCGUCAUUGGUUGUAUCAAUUACAUGGUGAUGAAUUAACUGAUGCUAUGUUUAGUUUUUGUCAACGUUUUCGUGAUCUUCAUUUAAAUGAAAGAGAAUUUUCACUUCUCUUACCAUUACAAAUGUGUUAUUAUGAUGCAACUAUGGAAGAUAAACAUGUACCUCAAAUGCUAAGAUCUUGUUAUCUUUAUGCACUAUAUACAGAAUUAUGUCAUAAUCGUGGUAAAACUGAUGGAAUAAUGAUGUUUAAGAAAAUUAUGAAAGUACUUGAACUUCUCAAUCCACUAACUGAUUUAUAUCAAAAAGAAGCUGCAUCACGUAUCUUAGCAGGUAAUAUUAAAUUAAGAUUUUUAAAAUUUUAA